AUGAAGGCUGUCGCUCAGACCGCGGCCCGGGGGCUUCGCAUCCCUGCAGGAUGCUCUGUCUUGGGGAGCGCAUGUUCUCAGCAGCAACAGGGUCGGACUCCGCCGGAGCAGGUAGCCAAGGGCUACGCCAAGGCGCUCAUGGAGCUUGCUCAGAGCAAGGGGGCUGCAGAUGCAAUUGCUGCUGACAUGGAGAAAUUGGAGGCCCUAGUUGAGAACCCGGAUGUUGUGAACUUCCUGUAUAAUCCCGUCGCGGAUGUCUCCAAGAAGCGGCAGCUAAUUGGGACAUUGGGCAAGGAUGGUGGCUUCAGCAAGUACACCGUGAACUUCCUCAACCUCCUCGUUGAGAAGAAGCGCAUUAAUGCUGUGGGGUCUGUCAUCAAAGCCUUCCAGGAUCUGUACAAUGACAUGACGCAGACCCAAGUUGCGACCGUUGUGUCAGCGAUCAAGCUCGAGAAUGAGCAGCAGGCCCUCAUUGCAAAGAAGUUGCAGACAUUAACCGGCGCCAAGAACAUCAAGUUGAAGAAUGAGGUGGAUCCGGAGCUGAUUGCUGGGUUUGUGCUGAAGUAUGGCAAGGGGCAGUCGGAAGAGAUUGACUUCAGCGUCAAAGGGCAGCUAGACAGGUUGAGACUCGAGUUUGAGAGCGGGUUGGGAGCAGCAGCAGAAGAGGCGGAGGAAAAGGUUGCAGCAUAGUUACCUGCGCGAAGACAACAGCAAUUCUCCGAGCUUACUAAAUUUUGCAGUAUGUCUCACUUGGAGGCACUGAUGAGUUGAUCAAGCAACCCCUGUGGGCUGCAGUUUUUGCGCAGCUUCUUUUGAACAAGGGUUCUUGCAGACAGGAUGAGUUGGCAUUGCUGCCAAGGACGAGAGUGUGUGCUCGAUUUCACUGUGCGCACAGUCUCAUAAAAGGCAUUGUUCCUAAGGGUUCCAACGUGUGAAGAGAUUUCGAAUGUAUAUGGGCUCAGAGUGCUGGCUCAAGAGGGCUAGCCAACGCUGUCUGUGAUUCCUCCGGUAGACAGUUUGCCCACAAGUCUGAUUUGGCAGCAUAAUAACUUUGCAUGGUUGCCUGAACACCAUGUGCGACAUGUUCAAGGAAUUACAUCUGUAGUUUGAGGUUCGCACAGAUCUGCUGUCAUUAGCACCCCGGGCCUUGUGAAUUAUCCUUACAUCUUUAGCAUUUUUGCUCAGGAAUCUGCCAUCUCGUGAAGUGUAGGUUUGUAGGACUUUGAUCAAGAUGACUUGCCGCUGUAUAGCAAGCUGC